AUGAAUAUGGUAGCCGCGCAAUCGCUGAAUUAUUUAUCAUCCAUCCUUAGAAAAGAAAUUGAAUGUCUGAUAACCAAAGUCCAUGAAUUUGCGAACGGGACUCCUCAUUUACCGUCUCCCAAUGAUCCUUCCUUGGCAGACUGCGUCCUUACUAUCUAUAUCGUGCCCGAGGAGAUCCCCGAACCAAACGAACGAUAUUCUGUCAUGCGCGUUGUCCAAGAGCCUGUGUGCGUGACCUUGUUGAAUUUCGCGACGCGACGCGACGUGUGGACGCGUCGCUUGUCAAUGGCUACUGCACACUCUGUCCUCGCCACACACGCGUCUACUCUUACGGCUCAGCCGUGUCAGCGUCCUCAACAGUCGACUACAGAGCUCCGAAGGCAAGGCGAAAUGUCUAGUUCAUCCAGUUCGAGCACCCACAGCGUACCUGCGAUCCCCGACUCGAAAGAAGUCUUACCUUCUCCAUCCCAAAGUCAGGAGCUAGCAGCAACGAUGCUCAUUGCUUCCGAUGCGGGCGACACAACAGAACCAAUUGCACCGCCAAAGACUAUUCUUGACUCCGGCGGGGAGUGCGCCACUUCAUCUUUGCAAAUGCCGCGACGCCGUGUGGCCCGCCGCCACUCCGCACGGCCGAGUGGCUCAACCUCUUCUCAGACGAGCGCCGACGCCACUCCGGUCGUCCCUACCAUCCUCUUCCCAUCUGCCUGCAUGCCACCACUUCCGUACACACUGGACGAUAUCCUCUAUUUCCAGGAAGUACUCCCACCGGAAGAAUUUCAAGAAUUGGGAGCAGGAGUGAUUGAUUGGCAGGAUCAUAGCAAGCUCCCUGAGGGAGAGGACAGUUCGGAAAGGGACAGACAUUGGGACUUCCUUGACCCAGAAGGCAUUCAUGACUUUGAGACAUCACUGCUCAAGGACAGACAAUCAAGGCGCCGGGAUCUUUCUGAGGGCUACCGGGUUGCAAGCGUUAGCAAAUCCACGGCGUAUCGCGACGCAGAAGCCCAUUGGUCAGGUCCAUCAAUAACAAACAUCAUCGAGCAGCAAGCUCCGCCACUCCUAUGGAACAUGCGCGAGACGGACGACCACGACUUGAAUGAUUCAGAAAACCGUGCGCCUCAAGAUGCUAUUGCUGGGAGAUCAAUGAAGUCGCACCAGAGCAUGUCUCAGAGUGCGAUGGUGCCUCAAGGACACGCGCUUCUCAACAAAGCAUCCGGCAGUCCCAGUAUUCCGCCAGCUACAAUGAAUACACCGGCCACCAGUCAGCCAAAAGCCUGCAAGGAUAAGAGCUUGAGUGUACGCACUCUCGCCGAUAGAGAGCCACUCGUGGCUGCGUCAUUGAACGCGGUUGGUAAUGUAUCUACCACAGCAACCAUGAGACAUAUACGGUCAAGAAGAUCCCCAGCCCCAGCAUUGGUCAAAGAACCUGCCUCGCGGGCUCAUUCACCGACCAUGUCCUCACCCACAGCCUCUGGCUCUGAUGACUCGGAACUUAAAAUAUCCGACCACUUACGCGUCGCUACAGCGGACUCUGUCGUUUGCCAGUGGAGACAUGCGACGCCUGGGUUGCUGCCCUGCACCCAUUCUUGCAGCCCGCUGGACAUGUGGGUGCACAUCCGCACUGCUCAUGUGCUCGGUGACAGCUGCAGAUGGGACGAAUGCGACAGAACGCGUGGCUUUUCCAACCUUAAAAGGCACGUUGAGCGCAAUCACCUCUGCAUAAAGUGGAGAUGUCCUUCAGUCGGAUGCAAUCUCUCAUUCUCUAGGGUCGAUUCGCUCGCGCGACACCUCAAGACGAAGCAUGAUUGCGUCUCUGGUAACGCUGUCGAAGAAGAUGAUGAGAUUGAGUUGGCUCGUAGCGGCUUAAAGGGUUCACAAGAAGCACGAAGGCCUCAGAGAGCCUCCAAAGCUGCCCGCAAACGGCCUGCGGACGAGAACUUGGAUCAAUCCUCGCGGAAGAAGCCAUACAAACACGUCCGAUCCCAAUAAUUGUACGCUAGCCGCGUCACAUUUCGUUUGCUUCAUCUUCUACUUUGUUUUUGAUACUGUCUAUAUAAUCAUCACACUACGGAAUCCUGUAAUAUAUAUGUACUCGAC